AUGCCGGGCAUCCCCGCCUUCUUCGCCGGGCGCCACGUCCUGGUGACGGGGGCCACGGGCUUCAUGGGGAAGGUCCUCGUCGAGAAGAUCCUGCGCAGCUGCCCCGACGUCGCCACCGUCUUCGUGGUGGUGCGGCCCAAGCGCGGCCAGGAGCCCAACGACCGCAUCAAGGACCUGCGCCACCUGCCGGUGUUUGGGCCCCUGCUCAAGGCCAACCCCAACGCCUUCGACAAGAUCCACGCCCUGGCCGGCGAGACGACGCAGGUCAACAUGGGCCUGAGCGAGGCGGACCAGCGCCUGGUGCAGGACAAGGUGUCCGUCGUCUUCCACCUGGCGGCCGCGCUCAACUGGACCGUGCCGCUGCGGACGGCCGUGCGCGAGAACGUGGGCGGCACCAAGAACAUGCUCGAGUUCUGCAAGCGCAUCAACAACCUCGUCGCGCUGGAGUACACGUCCACCACGUUCUGCCAGUGCGGCGAGGAGGUCCUGCACGAGCGGCUGUACCCCGCGCCCUACAACCCGCACCGCCUGCUGGAGAUCUGCGAGAUCAUGGACGACGAGGUGGUGGAGUCCAUGGCCAAGACCCUGUACGGGCCGCACCCCAACUGCUACACGUACACCAAGGCGCUGGCCGAGUCCAUGGUGGACGAGUACAAGAACGAGCUGCCCCUGCUCGUCAUCAGGCCCGCCAUCGUGAUCCCCACGUACAAGGACCCGAUCCCCGGCUGGGUGGAUACGCUCAACGGGCCCAUGGGGGUCUUGGCGGCGGCGGGCAAGGGCGUGCUGCGCUCCAUGAUGUGCAACGGCUCCAUCAACGCCGAGGUCUUCCCCGCCGACGUCUGCAUCAACGCCAUCAUGGCCGCCACCUACCUCCGCAGCCAGCAGCCCCGCAUCCUCCCCGAAGUGCCGGUGUUCAACGCCUGCUGCGGCCCCGUCAUGGAGACGACCUGGGGCGAGAUCCUGGAGAUCGGCAAGCGCGUGCUGCACAAGUGCCCCUUCGAGUGGGCGCUGUGGUACCCGGACGGCGCCAUCCGCACCAGCUGGUGGUCGCACCAGCUCAUCGUGCUCUUCUUCCAGGUCAUCCCCGCCUACUUCAUCGACGCCCUGCUCUUCCUGCUCGGCCAGAAGCGAUUCAUGGUGCGCGUCCAGAAGAAGAUCCGCUCCGGCCACGACCUGCUGGCCUUCUUCACGAUGCGCGAGUGGAAGUUCGAGAACAAGAAUGGCUACAUCAACCUGUGGCCGAGCCUCAACGACGAGGACAAGCAGACCUUCUUCCUCAACAACGUGCUGCCCGUCGACAAGGAGGCCUACAUCGAGAAGGCCAUCAUGGGCACCAGGACGUACUGCCUGAAGGAGUCGCCCGGCACCCUCAAGUACUGCCGAAGGCGCCUCGCCGUGCAACACGUGAUCCACCGGACCUGCGUCGCCCUGUUCUACAUGACGUUGGUGUACUACGUCGUCGCCCUGUCGUUCGGCGCCUUCAAGCUGGCCAGGUCGCUGCUUUCCUAGCCGCGCCGGCCGCCGCCACCCGCGUCAUCAAGAUCGCAGUCAUCGUCACCGUCAUCGCCCCUCUCUUCGCCCGAGUCUGUGAUUUCCGGUCUGUGUCACCAUGCACGUGCCCAAAGAGAUUAACCGACCGAACCCUUC